AUGAGUGGAGCAAUGGCCGCAUUUUCAAUGUUUCCUCACAGCUUGAUAAACUUUAAUAUUUGGAGAUACACUUGUGAACCCAAAGUACACUCUUUAAAGAGAAAAUUAAUGAGUCCAUUAUUAGCAAUGGAUGUUAACUCUUCACGUCAUUUGGCUAAUUUUCAUUCAAAUAUUUGGGGAUACCAUUUCCUUUCUUACACUUCUCAACUCACCGAAAUUACUACUCAAGAAAAACUUGAAGUUGAUGAGUUAAAAGAAAAAGUCAUGAACAUGUUGAUGGAAAUUCGUGAUGAUAAUAGUACACAAAAACUUGUGUUGAUAGACACAAUUCAACGAUUGGGAGUAGCAUAUCAUUUCCAUAAUGAAAUCGAAACAUCCAUUCAAAACAUUUUUGAUGCAUCAUCCCAACAGAGUGAGAAUAAUGGCAACCUUCACGUUGUUUCUCUUCGUUUUCGGCUUGUGAGACAACAAGGCCAUUACAUCUCUUCUGAUGUAUUCAAGCAAUUCACGGAGCGCGAUGGAAAAUUCAAGAAAACUCUUAAUAAUGAUGUCCAAGCAUUAUUAAGUUUAUAUGAAGCAGCACAAAUGAGAGUGCGUGGAGAGGACAUUCUCGAAGAAGCUCUUACUUUUACCACUACUCAUCUCGAGUCCAUGAUCCCCUUGUUGAGCAAUAAUCCACUUAAGGCUCAAAUUAUUGAAGCCUUAACCCACCCUAUACACAAAGUAAUACCAAGGUUAGGAGCAAGAAAAUACAUAGACAUUUAUGAAAACAUGGAAUCACACAACCAUUUGCUUUUAAAAUUUUCCAAAUUAGACUUCAACAUGUUACAAAAGCAGCAUCAAAGAGAGCUUAGCGACCUUACAAGCUGGUGGAAAGAUCUGGACCUGGCAAGCAAAGUGCCAUAUGCAAGAGACAAAUUAGUGGAGGGUUACACAUGGACAUUGGGAGUGUAUUUUGAGCCUCAGUAUAGUCGUGCUAGAAGAAUGUUAGUAAAAGUAUUCAAAAUGCUCUCAAUCUGUGAUGAUACUUAUGAUGCAUAUGCAACUUUUGAUGAACUUGUGCUUUUCACCCAUGCAAUACAAAGAUGGGAUAUAAACGCCAUGGAUUCAUUACCGCCAUAUAUGAGACCAUUUUAUCAAGCUAUUCUGGACAUCUUCGAUGAAUUGGAAGAAGAAUUGACUAAAGAAGGUAAAUCAGACCGCGUCUACUAUGGUAAAUUUGAGAUGAAAAAGUUGGCUAGGGCCUAUUUUAAAGAAGCACAAUGGUUAAAUGCUGGCUAUAUUCCAAAUUGUGACGAGUAUAUAAAAAAUGCAAUUGUAAGUACUACCUUUAUGGCGCUUGGAACAACUUCUUUGAUUGGUAUGGAGGAAUUUAUAACAAAAGAUAACUUUGAAUGGAUAACAAACGAGCCUUCGAUUCUUCGAGCUUCAUCAACUAUCUGCAGAUUAAUGGACGAUAUUAGUGAUCAUGAAACUGACCAACAAAGAGGACAUGUAGCUUCCGUCAUUGAAUGUUAUACGAAAGAAUAUGGAGCUUCAAAGCAAGAGGCCUAUGUUAAGUUUCGGAAGGAAGUGAAGAAUGCAUGGAAAGACAUAAACAAGGCAUUACUACGCCCUAUUGAAGUACCAAUGUUUGUUCUCGAACGAAUUUUAAAUCUUGCACGGACAAUGGAUACUUUUUUCCAAGAUGAAGAAGAUGGAUAUACAAAUUCUAAUUCCAAAUGUAAAGACAUUAUUACCUUGUUGCUUGUUGAUUCUGUUACUAUGGGACGAUCAUAA